AGAACUCUGUGAAGUUGUGUACACGCGGUAGUUCCUUCAUCUAUGAAUUCGUCGUGUUGUGGUGACAAUCAUGGGAUGUGUUUAUGUUUAAUAGUCACUAGUAACACAGUUUAAUUAUUGGAUCUAGCAGCACCCUGAUUUAUUGAAGCAAGAUGAGCAGAAGAAGAGUUCAUGAUGAUGACGAUGGAUAUGAUCGCGCUUACAGAAAAAGGCGCCGUGUUUCUGAAAACCAGGAAAUUGAAGAUCGCCUUGAGUCACUUAUUCUCAGAGUGGGAGAAAAGAGCACCUCAUCGCUGGAGAGUAAUUUGGAAGGACUUGCAAGUGUACUGGAGGCAGAUUUAGCAACUUUUCGCACCAAGAUACUUCGUAUACUUACAGAUUGUGCUAUCAAGAUGCCUGAGAAAUGUACAAUCUACACUACACUGGUGGGAUUGCUCAAUGCAAAGAAUUAUAAUUUUGGUGGUGAGUUUGUAGAUUACAUGGUACGCAACCUGAAGGAUUCACUGAAAAGUUGUCGGUGGGAUGCGGCACGGUAUUCAUUACGCUUCUUAGCAGACCUUGUGAAUUGCCAUGUAAUUUCUGCAGGAUCUUUAAUGCAGCUACUUGACAACAUGGUUGAUGCCGCUAAGGAAGAUGGUGUCCCACAGGUGAGGAAGGACUGGUAUGUGUUUGCUGUAUUGUCCACACUGCCGUGGGUUGGACGGGAGUUGUAUGAAAAGAAAGAACAGUCACUAGAACAUCUUCUAAUUUCCAUUGAAGUAUUUCUUGGAAAGAGAAGCAAAAAGCAUCAUGGUGCCCUUAGAGUGUGGGCUCUUGAUCACCCUCAUCCACAAGAGGAGUACUUGGAUUGCCUUUGGGCCCAGAUUCGGAAGCUUCGACAAGAUAACUGGGCAGAAAAACACAUUCCACGUCCUUACUUGGCAUUUGACAGCACACUUUCCGAAGCACUUCAGCACAACUUACCAACAAUCCUACCUCCUCCACAUCAUGACAGCUAUGUGUACCCAAUGCCACAUGCUGUUUUUAGAAUGUUUGACUACACGGAUUGCCCAGAGGGUCCUCUUCUCCCAGGAGCACAUUCAAUUGAAAGGUUUCUCAUAGAAGAACACUUACAUCAGAUUAUUGAGAUGCAUCAUUUAGAGAGAAAAGACUGUGCUGCUCACUUGUUAAAUUUCCCAUACAAGAUGAAGAUACCACUUGAUUAUUGCAUAGUGGAAGUGAUAUUUGCAGAACUGUUCAACAUGCCUUCUCCUCGUUACCUUGAGAUAAUGUAUGGAUCAGUUCUCAUAGAACUGUGUAAGCUGCAGCCCAGCACAAUGCCACAAGUGCUGGCUCAAGCAACAGAAAUUCUUUUUAUGAGAAUUGACACAAUGAAUGUCUCAUGCUUUGACAGGUUUGUUAACUGGUUUGCAUAUCACUUGAGUAAUUUCCAGUUCCGAUGGAGUUGGGAAGACUGGGAUUCUUGUCUUCAGCUUGAUCCAGAACAUCCACGACCCAAAUUUAUUCGUGAAGUUCUGCUGAAGUGUCUCAGGUUGUCAUAUCACCAGAGAAUUGUGGAUAUGAUGCCACCCCAGUUUGAACCUCUCAUACCUGCCAAACCAGAGCCGAGAUUCAAGUACACAAUGGAUGGAGCAGCGUCGCUGCCUGGGACCACGGCUGCUCAUCAGCUGGUAGUCUCUAUUCGACAGAAAUGUACCCCUGAGGAGGUUCUGAAUGUACUAAAGGAUCUACCAAAUCCAUGCCCAGAAGAAGAUAGCGAAUCGAGAUUUAAUCCUCUGAAGAUUGAUGUCUUUGUGCAAACAUUACUUAAUCUGGGCUCGAAGAGUUUCUCACAUUCAUUUGCUGCCCUGUCAAAAUUUCAUAAUGUAUUUAAGGUUUUGGCAGACUCUGAAGCAGCUCAGAUAUGUAUUCUGCGAAAUAUGUUUGAUUUGUGGCAGAAUCACCAACAAAUGAUGGUGGUUUUAAUAGACAAGAUGUUGAAGACACAAAUAAUUGAGUGUUCAGCUGUUGCUAACUGGAUAUUUUCAAAAGAAAUGACAGGAGAAUUCACAAAGAUGUAUUUAUGGGAAAUUCUCCACUUGACAAUUCGCAAGAUGAACAAGCAUGUGACUCGUUUAGCACGUGAUCUAGAAGAAGCACGGGAAAACUUUCCGCGCUCGGAGAGUGAUACUGACGAGUCAGAUGAUGGAGAUGGUGGAGAAGGAGGUGGUAACAGCAGCUCUCGGAAACGAGAUGAAGAUGCUUCCACAGCACUUGUUGAUAGUAUGGAAGAGAAGCUGGAAACUGCACAGGGAGUGCAAAAGACCCUCUUCCUUAUUAUUUUCCAGAGGUUUAUAAUGAUUUUGUCAGAACAUUUGGUGCGUUGUGAUACUGAUGGUAAAGACUUCAAUACAUUCUGGUACAAAUGGACAAUUGGACGAUUGCAGCAAGUGUUCUUGUUGCAUAAUGAACAAGUUCAGAAGUACAGCUCUACUUUAGAAACAUUGCUUUUCACACAAGAUCUGGAUCCCCACAUUCUGGAAGUGUUUCACCAGUUCACGUCAUUACGGUCAUGAUUUUUCAUUCAAGACGUGAUUUUCCCAUUGUUAUACAUUAUCGUUUUGUAUAUUGUAUUACAAAACAAUGUUAUUUGCUGCAAUUGUAAGGAAGUGGACUUUCCCACAGAUUUAACGUUUGUAACCUUGAGAUUCAGGCACUGUAAAUAAAAUUUUAUAGACUUGUA